AUGAAUCGCGGGAAGCGAAUAUUAAAUGAGUGUCUAAAUCAAGGUUCUGAAGAUAGUAAGCCUGCAUCUGGUCAAAAAAAAUUGGAAUAUUCGACAAAUGGAUAUUUAGAAGUUGACGUUAACUUUUUUGAAAAUCAAAAAGCAAAUUUAAAAAUUCAAGAUCAAUGUACUAAUUCAGACAGUAACUUUCAGUUUAACAAAAAAUUGUCAAAUUGGUUUUGCAAUCGAGGUUUUAUCGCAGAAAAUAAUGAAAACUGUCCAGCUAGACAAGAAUUUUUUGACAACAGUGAAAAUCAAAAUAUUUUACAAAUAUCAAGUGAUUUAGACACCCCGGCUCUUACGACAGAAACGGAAAAUACUGAAAAUGAUUAUGUUUUAAAAAAACAGGAUUCCAAUGAUGACGAGGAUACUAAUAUAAAGAAAUAUAAGACACGUAAUUAUCAAGAAUUAAAUUUUCCAAUUAGUACAGGGGCUGAGGAUAAUCCUCAAGUAAACGCUUCCACUAGUAUAGAGAUCACUAAAACUAAAACGCCAUAUAAGAGAAAACCAGAUCACUGUUAUUUUUGUGAAACGAAGGUGUUAAAUUUUAGUCGUCAUAUCAUAAGAAUACAUCCAAUGGAAAUUGAGGUAGCAAAAAUUAUGGCAAAACCAAUCAAAAGCAAGGAAAGAAAAGAACUAUUCAAUGCUCUUAGACGAAAGGGAAAUUUCUUGGCAGAAGGUGGUAGCUGUUUUAAACCAGUUAGAGAGGGAUAUGUACCAGGAAGAGAAAAACGAGUUUGCAACAAUUGUUUAGGACACUUUUCAUCGAAGCUUUUAUAUCGACAUAAGAAAAAAUGUGCAAAAACGAAUUUAGGUGUAAAAAGUACAACAAUUUUCUCUAAUAUGAAGGUAGAUCGGGGAUUAAAAGAGGAAGUAUUUCCUCGUAUGAGAGCUGAUAAAAUAUCCUUGGAAGCACAAACAGAUCCACUUAUUUGUGAAUUUGGAACUAGGUACUUGAAAACGCAUCGUGAAAAACAUUUUGUUAAUGUCACAUCAAGGAAAAUGAGGGAGCUUGCCAAAAUUCUUCUGGAGAUGAGAGUUCUGGAAACAUCCAUAACCACAUUAUUAUCAGCCUUGAAACCAAAUUAUUUUGACCUGUUUGUACAAGCCGCAAAACGCAUAGCCAAAUAUGAUAAGAAACAAGAUAUUUAUUUAUCUCCAACCUUUGCCAUGAAUAUUGCAACUUCUUUGAAACAGUGUUGUGAUAUUGCAAUUACGUUUAUUUACACAAAGAAUACGCCCAAUCACUCAUUGUCCACUGCAACAGUUGAGGCAGAUUUGAAAACCUUGAUUCGCCUUUUUGACAGUAAUUGGAGUUUUGAGAUAUCUUCACAUGCCGCCAACAACCUCAACCUUAAUAGGUGGAAUAAAAUAACCAUUGUUCCUCUUGCAAGUGACUUACGUUUACUACGAGAACAUCUUAUUAACUUAGCUAUAAAAUCUUUAGAAGUUCUUACCAAGCAAAUGAAUGAUGCUAACGGGAGUACUGAAGCAGACGAAACGGACUGUAAAGUUCUCAUAAAGGACAGUGCACAGAUUCAAGCAUAUAAUAAUCUAAUGGAGACUGUCUACUGCAGGGUUAUAUUAUUUAACAGAAAACGUUCAGGGGAACUACAAAGAAUGUAUUUACAUACUUACCUUCAUGCCACACCAGACAUUGAAAAAUAUCAGGAAUUUAAUAGCGUUGUUUCUCUACCCGAAAAAAUUCUUUUGAAAUCUUUAAAAAGAGUUGUUAUCCGCGGAAAACGGGGUAAAGGAGUUCCAGUUUUAUUCCAUUCUGACAUACAAGAACAUAUUAACAUAAUAUUGAAGAUUCGAAAUUGUUUUGUCCCCAAAAACAAUCCGUAUCUUUUUGCAACAGCUAAUUCUAACACUCAUCUAAUUGGAUAUAAAGUUUUAAGUAAACACUCUAAAUUAUGUGGUGCACAAAAUCCGUCAUCAAUCACAUCGACCAGAUUGCGAAAACAUCUUGCAACUCUAUCACAAUUAUUUAAUUUAUCAGAAGGAGAAAUUGAGCAAUUAGCAACCUUUAUGGGUCAUACACCCGGUGUUCAUCGAAGCUCCUAUCGCCUCCCGGAUGAUGUUUAUCAAACAGCCAAAAUCUCCAAGCUGUUGAUGGUUAUGGAAAAAGGCGGAGCAGAUCAAUACAAAGGAAAAUCUAUAGAUGACAUAAAUAUUAAUAUGGAAGAAAAUCUUCUGGAAUUUAAUUAUCAUGACAGUGAUGAGGAUGAAAAUGAUAUGUUGGAUGAUUUAGUAAAUAGCAAUGGUUCUGAAAUGUCAACCAGUAAAAGCAAUGCAGAUAACACACUAAUUAAAACAUUUGUACCCAAAUCAAAAAAGAAAAGUACCAGAAAAGUCGUCCCGUGGACUAAUGAACAAAAGGAAGUAACAUUAAAGUACUUUAAAGAUCACAUAAAAGUAAAGAAAGCCCCUAAAAGACUAGAGUGUGAUGAGUUCAAGGAAAAGUUUAAAAAAGUAAUGGACAACAAAGAUUGGUUAAAAAUCAAAGUUUUUAUACAAAAUGCAUAUAAAGACAAGUAA